CAUUAAAUAGGGCAAAAGGGUUUCGGUCAAAGUUAGAUCACCUUCUUGCUAACUUACCUCUCCGGUCAAAACAACUGUGAAAUAUUCGAUUUACGUGCUGCUCAAAAGAGAGUCGCGUAAAAAUGACGCGUCGGAUAUCUACAAAAUACAGUUAGCAGCUAGAUAUGGCGGCGCUGCUACAAGGACUUCGAGUUGGAAGAGCCCUUCGAUAUCUUGGCAGCGUGGUAGUUCCAAAAACAUCCAGUCCCCAGUGUAAUGGCCUGAGACGAGGCUUGCACUGUGCUGCACGUCGGCUUCAGGAGGACAAGGACAAGUCCAUCCCAGUCCCUCCAUCCUCCACCGCAUCCCCGACUACAACCUUCCACGAGCAUUAUCAGGCUCACCCAUCUGAACAUGACACAGCCACAUCAACGCAGGAAGCUGCUGCUGCUGAAAAGGCUCCCCAGCCCAACAUCAGUUAUGUAGACCAGAGUGGAGAACAAGGAGAAGACUAUGAAACAGAGGAGCAACUGCAAGCGCGCAUCCUUAACGCUGCGCUGGACUUUGUCCCACUACAUGGUUGGACUGUUGAAGCCAUUUCAGCAGGAGCUGAGACCCUGGGUCUCUCAGCAGCUUCCAGUGGAAUGUUCCAGAAUGGGGCAGGGGACCUAGUCCUGCACUUCAUCGCUCAGUCCAAUACCCAGCUAACAGAGCAACUGGCAGAGCAUCACAAUCAGGUCCAACUUGGUCAGGCAGAACCAAAGAAAACUGCUGAGUUUCUUAGGGAUGCAGUGGAAACCAGAUUGAGGAUGUUGACCCCAUACAUAAAUAAUUGGCCACAGGCUUUGAGUAUUCUGUUUCUGCCACACAACAUACCAAACAGUCUGAAGCACCUCUCCACCCUGGUGGAUGAUAUCUGGUACUAUGCUGGAGACCGCUCCACAGAUUUGAACUGGUAUACAAAACGAGCUGCACUGACAGGGAUCUAUAACACCACAGAGCUGGUGAUGGUACAGGACUCCUCCGAAGACUUCCAGGACACCUGGAACUUCCUUGACAACCGCAUCCAGGAUAUUGUCAACAUGGCCGACGCCGCCAAACAGGCGGCAUCCACAGGAGAAGCAGUGGUGCAGGGGCUUAUGGGAGCUGCUGUUACGCUGAAAAAUCUAACCGGAAUUAACCAGAGACGGUGAAACAAGAUGGCUAUUUCUGUUCCACCAUCCCCUCUGAUCUCUGCCAGUCAGGAGUUUGUGUUUAAAAUGGUUUUCCCUCACGCCCACUCCUAUCCCUUUUGUAUAAAGGACACAAAAAUGUGAUUGUAUUUCAAACAUUUUUGUUCGGCUCCAUUGAGUGUUCCUAAAUAAAUUACGGAUGAAUUACAACAGAA